GUCAUCUACAUUGCGCCCUUAAAAGCUCUCGCGCGCGAGAGGAUGGAGGAUUGGGAAGAGCGCUUCCAACGGCGGCUGGGAAAGACGGUUGUGGAGUUGACUGGGGACUUCACACCAGAUAUCGAUGCGCUGGAGCGCGCCGAUGUGGUGGUCACCACACCCGAGAAGUGGGACGGCAUCUCCCGCCAUUGGCAGCACCGCGCGUACGUGCGGAAGGUGGGCUUGGUGAUCAUUGAUGAGAUCCAUCUGCUGGGGCAGGACCGUGGGCCUGUCUUGGAAGUCAUCGUGUCCCGAAUGCGCUACAUCUCUUGUAACCUGGACAAGGCCAUUCGCUUCGUGGGACUCAGUACUGCCUUGGCCAACGCCCAUGACAUCGCCGACUGGCUGGGCAUUGGCAUUGUGGGGCUCUACAACUUCAAGCCCUCUGUGAGGCCCGUGCCAAUGACUGCGCACAUCCAGGGCUAUCCAGAGAAACAUUUUGUAGCUCGUAUGGCUCAGAUGAACAAGCCCUGCUUCCAUGCCAUCAAGAACCAUGCAGUGAAGCAUGAUGGCAUCAAACCCACCUUGAUCUUUGUCUCAUCUAGGCGACAAACACGACUCACCGCCCUUGACAUCGUGGCCUUCAUGUCGGCGGACCCCGACGAAGACCCCAAGCAGUUCUGCAAAUUGGAAGCCCAUGAGCUGGAGUGCGCCGUAGUCCAGCGAGAUCUGGGAGAAGAUGGGGAGAAGAUCAGGAGGGGGAGCUUCUUCUUCGAAACCACAUCCUCACGGGGCGAACACUGCUUUUGGCCGCGAACACUGCCAGUGCCGGGUGCCGCCAUGGGUGCCUUUCCCAGUGGCGAAGCGUUGUUGUCUGAGGCGCAUGAGGAGCACGAGGCUCACGAGGCUCAUGGGAAGUUCCGCCAGGCAGCCAGGACUUUCCAAGAGCAGAAUGCUGGGAAUUCCAAGGCCUAUGUCCAGAUCGUCUGCUGUACUGGGCUCUUGCUGGGCAUCUUGAGCUACUUCAUCCAGUCGGCCGCCCUGGCUCUCGGACAUCUGCGCGGGUUACUUGGAGGUGGGGAGGUCCUGUGGGUCGCUGCGACCUUCAAUGCGUCGCUCUUGGUCUUGGCGCGCCUGGUGGUGCGCCGCAACGCCGCGGCACAGGGGAGUGGAUAUCCUCAGAUGAAGGCCAUGUUCUUUGGCAACACCAAGCUGAGCGACCAUCCCUUGUCCAAGGGCCAAGAGAACGUGGAGUUCCUCUCCUCGGAGACAUUGGCACUGAAAGCCAUCGGCCUUUCACUGGUGGUGGCCGCUCAAGUGCCCAUUGGCCAGGAAGGUCCUAAUGUCCAUAUGGCCGCCUGCAUCUCACGACUGGUGCGGCCAAAGUUCUUUGAGAGGAAUCUGAACUGUGAGUUGGUCGUCCAAAUCCUACACGCCGCCUGUGCUGCGGGCGUAGCCGCCACCUUCUCUUCCCUGCUGGGCGGUGUGCUGUUGUCCUUGGAGUUGAUGCUCCCGCAGAUCUAUACCUUCCAAGUCUACUGGGGCUGUUUCCUGGGCGCCAUUUGCGGUGCAGUCACGGUGAUUCUGAUUCAUGAUGGCUUCCAAUCUUCUCACUUGCUCUCUACCAACGUUCUGCCCUUGGAAGGUGUGCCUGUGCACUAUCCAUUGGCCUGCUGCUUGGGUUACAUGGCCAUUGGCGUGGUCUUCGGGCUUUUGGGAGGGCUCUUCAACCUGGCGCACGACCAGACGAUCCGCAGCUGCGGACGUCUUUGGAGGAGCAGCAAAGACCGAUGGCAAUGGCGGGAUUUGCUUUUUGUAGCUGUGGUGGGGGCGCUGAAUGUGGUCUUGCUUUGGAAGAUCCCCUUGCUGAAGGGAAGGUCGCAGCCUGAACUGCUGAACAGCCUUUUCAGCAAGGAAUUCUUCAGCGGCCACGAAGUGAAGAGCGCUGAUGUUCAGAUGCUCAUGGUGGCACUUGUGGCUAAGGUGGUCACCAGCCUGCUGGCUUUGUCCUUGCCGACGCCGACCGGUGUGGUCGCGCCCGCGCUGUUGCUGGGGGCUUUGUUGAUGCGAUGCUUCACCAGCCUACUUCCUGAGCGGUUCUUCGCACCGCUCUUGGGUAGCGACUCCCCCAAUGACUUAGAUGCCUUCGAGGCGCGCUUGGCCAUUCUUGGGGCUUCGGCCUUCAGCUGCGGCGUGGUGCGUGCCUAUGGCGUGGCAAUCACCAUCUAUGAGGCCUUGUCGUUGAACCAGAUGGUGGUGCCCUUGAGCCUCAGCAGCUUGACGGCCGUCUUCGUGGCAGACUACAUCUCUUUGCCUUUCUUCGAUACCGCCUUGGUCCGCAAGGGUUGGCAUGGUGUCAGCAAGCUCACCUGUACCGCCCACGGAGAGGAGCCAGCCUUUGUGGUCAUGGAGCAUGCAUCCGACUUUCCAAUCCUGCCCAACACUGCCAGGCUGUCAGAUCUUCAACGGGCGCUGGACGCGCAACCGCUGCAGUUCCACUUCCCCAUCGUCGAGGAGGUACCCAACUCUCAUGGCCGCCCACGGCUGCUGGGCGCGCUGAGCCGCGCCGCGGCGGAGGAGGCGCAGCGACGCCUCGUGCAGGAGCCGAGCGCUGGGGGCGCCGGUAGCGCCCGGUCGGUGGAACUCAUGCGCCUGAGGUGGCCGGACGUGCCCUACGAGCCCUUGAGUGAGCUGCCGCUCACGGUGGACCCGCUGUUCACGGUGCAGGAGCUCUACAUCACGCUCAAGGUGGCCCGGAAAGAGGUGGCCUACAUCACCGGUCACGGUGUCCUGCUGGGCCGCGUGGGCUUCAAGGAGAUCAUUGGCGAAGGGAUGCCAAUCACCAAAGGGAUCGGAGCCUUUCAUGACAAGGAGGCCUUUAAGAUGAUCUACGAGCCCAACAGCCCGAGCAAACACGAGAUUUGGGCAGAAUCCAAGCUGAAAGUUGUCGCUGUCGAGCUGACUCUUCUGCGGGAGACAGACCUUGGAGACUUGCGGCCAGCUUCUUCAGAUUCAGUAGAGGCCAAUGACCGGUUGAAGAAGUUUGAUCCAGCCACCGAAGGGUCGGGUGGAUCGGUAUCCCGGACGGUGGGCGAGGUGGGAGAGGUGAGGUGGGUUUCAGCUGAGGUCACGGACCAAAGUUUGAAGCACACCUUGGAAUUUGGCAUCGGGAUCCACCAUGCCGGUUUGCCCGAAAGGGAUCGGAAGGUGGUGGAGGAACUCUUUGUCGAGUCAAAGAUUAUGGUGUUGAUUUCCACGUCCACGUUGGCCUGGGGUGUCAACUUCCCGGCUCACCUGGUCAUCAUCAAGGGCACAGAGUACUAUGAUGGGCAGUUGAAGAGAUAUGUGGACUUCCCCAUCACCGACGUGCUGCAGAUGAUGGGCCGUGCCGGGCGACCGCAGUUCGAUACCGAGGCACGGGCAGUGGUCAUGGUUCAUGAGCCAAAGAAGAACUUCUACCGCAGCUUCAUGUACGAGCCCUUCCCGGUGGAAUCAUCACUCCAUGAGCAGCUCACCGAUCAUCUGAAUGCCGAGAUUGUGGCCAAGACCAUCAGGACACGGGAGGAGGCGAUUGACUAUGUGACCUGGACCUACUUCUUCCGACGGCUCACAGCAAACCCUGCCUACUAUGACCAGCAGGCCGCUUUGUUGGAGACACCGGACUUUGAGAAGCAGAAGGAUAUGUUAGCCAACUACAUCGAGCGAUUGAUGAACAAAUGCCUCGACGAGUUGAUCCGCUCCGGUUGCAUUGAGCUGAAAGAAGCUCCUCAAGGCCAGAGCGCCUUGGUCGAGCCGACGAAGAUCGGCCGCAUCGCCUCGUUGUACUACUUGAGCCACCGCACGGUGGCACAGUUCCAGCGGACCUUGGCGCGGGAGGGGAUGAGCUUUGUGGAGAUCAUGCGAGUGCUUUGCGAGUGCCCGGAGUAUGACGAGUUGCCCGUGCGGCACAACGAGGACAAGCUCAACGCGGAGUUCGCAGAGCAUUGUCCGUUGGAGGUGGACCUGGCGAUCCAAGCUUAUGAUAGUCCACACACCAAGGCCUUCCUCCUGCUACAGGCGCACAUGUGGGGCAUCGCUCUUCCCAUCAACGACUACAAGACUGAUUUGAAGACGGUGUUGGAUCGAUCCAUUCCUCUCAUCAUGGCCAUGGUGGACAUCGCUGCGGAGGAGGCUCAACUCCGGUCCACCUUGAACCUGAUCUUAUUGCUGCAGUGCUUGCACCAGGCUCAUCAGCCCUGGCGCAGCUCGUUGGCCACACUUCCUCACUUGUCGGACAAGGCUCUCCGAAUUCUGCGCGACUUUGGAGUGGACAGCUUGCCUGAGCUGAUUGAGCGAAGAGAUGCCUCCAAGAUCCUCACGAAGCUCUCGCUGCCCAGCGCCGACGCGCACAAGGAGCUUCUGCAGAUUGUACAGGACAUGCCAAGGCUGCGCGUGCGGGUGGAAUUACGAAUCCUAGAUCCCGAGGACGCCGAGGAAAAGGAGGCUCCCACUGAAGCGGAGGAGGGAAAGGUGAAGCGCCGCAAGGGGAAGUUGGUGCCCUCCCCCUACAAGGUGCCACCGGACCGUGAACUGGAACUCACCGUCGUGCUGUGCUACGACAACGAGCCCAUGAGGUUCGUUCACGCGCCGAGGUUUCCCAAGAAGAAGACCUACUCCUGGUGGUGCAUCCUGGGCGAUACUGAGGUGGACGAGCUAGUCUCGAUCAAGAAGGCCUUGAUGCCCACCAGGCAACGCUUUGAGAAGCGCAUCAACUUUCAGUUCUGCUCCCCUGCAGACGAAGUCGGUGAGACGUUCACCUUGUCGGUGCUUUGCAUGUCGGAUUCCUUCUUCGGCCUGGAUCAGCAACUGGACUUGUCCAUUACCACCGUGGAGCCGGAAGCCGCGUGA